AUGCCCACCAAAGCGUCUGUUUUGGCCGCUCUACGUUCCUUCGUGGACGGUUUAUCGCGACCUUAUUCGGAAGAGAAGUAUAAUCGCUGCGUCCAGGACUGUUGGGAUCACGACCUCUUUGGUCCUUACCUUCAGUUCAAAAAGGACGACUUUCAUCUUGGCCAGUGGUACGUUCUGUGUCACGUCGACCACCCCCGCGCUCGGGGCCGCCCUCGCCCCACGUUCAAAUACAUCUCUCCCCCUCUCACGUCGGUCCAGCGGGGUCAAGUUCGUGAUUGGGCCGCUACCCACGGCGUGACGCUAUCCUCGCCCGCCAGAGGGCGCGAGUUUAAUAUCGAUGUUACCCAGGCCGGUGACUUGACUAUCGAUCCUGCACCGACCGACCAAGCCGGCGUUAUCGAUCUCACCGAUCUUUCUGAUGGUAUACGGUCUCCCAGCGUCGAGAUUACUCGCGUCGUCCCCGCUCCUUUACUCCGGGAUGUGCUUCUCGUCUAUUACUUCUUUGAGGACAAAACCAUGCCCAAGAUCAUCGAACUUCGCGCUCGUGCAUCUAUCAACCAGUUCUUGAUGCGCCAUCACGAGCGCCAGCUCCUCGACCACGAACUGAAACAAUCGGAUACGAUUGAUAUCCUCACGUUCGGCGCUCCGGGUUUCGAAAUGUGGUCGAAAUUCUACGUCCGCGAUUUGGCCAUACCCCGGACCAUACCCGCCAUAGUUAUAUCUCGAACCCGUGUUCACAAGUUUCAUCCGUCCAUAGAGGCCCUCUACGAGUAUGCGUAUCAGGACGCCGCCAAACUUCCCGAGCGCAUCGUCGAUCCGGACGACGUUCCUGACUCUGCGUAG